AGAGGGAAAGAGAGAGGGGUGGAGGGGCUGCGCCGAACAGAGGUUGGGUCAGAGCGCUCUGUCGCUUCAGACAAUCACAUGAGAGGAAGAGAGAGAGAGAGAGAGAGAGAGAGAGAGAGAGAGAGAGAGCAAACAGCAGGAGAGAGAGGAGGUAGAUAUGUGACAGGAUGUGGUUUCCCUGAGCUUGCAGAACAUAGCCGAGGCAUACUUUGAGCAUGACCUAAACGCACGCACUCAAAGUGUUUGCUGCGCACCGUUAGCUAGUGAGCCUCUGGCGAGGAUAGGACAAGCUGGCGGAGCUAGUGAUCCCAUCCAGAUUUGAGUCUUCUCGAUAUCUUUUUUUCCUCUUUUGCCAAAAGCCUCUGUUCCAGCUGUAUCGACAGGACCUGAGUGAAGAAUCGCAGAGGAUCUGAGCGUGGAUUGUUGCGCUGUGCUGUUCUUCUGUCAGUAGAAUGUGUGUGUUUGUUAGAGGAGCCGGUCCAGUUGCUUUCUCUUGAGCUCAACAGUGAACUUUCCAACUCCUGUAGUCAACAGCGUCUGAUCAGGGUCCACACACACACUGGAGAGAUGGGCUGUGGACUGAGGAAGCUGAAGGCAUCAGAGGAGAGCAGUCCGGGGAAGAUCUACUCCACCCUGAAGAGACCACAGGUGGAGACCAAGGUGGGCGUGGCCUACAUCUACCACUACGUCGACUUUCUCGUAGGGAAAGACGAUGGCUCAUCUACACUGUGUCUUUCGUCUGUGUGGGAGCUCCCAGCCCAGCUCCAGGACCUGUACAAGCAGGGUUUCUCCCUGGUUGCCGUUCACCCCUUCAUUCAUCCCUGUGGUCCCGACACAGUCAGCCCUCAGCACCAGCUCUACAGGGCCGUGCUGAUCCGACUCGAUGAUGGGUUGGAGAAGAGCCAGUCAAGCUGUGCUCCCUACCGUCUGCAGCUGGAGCAGUGUCUGUCUGCCGACCAGGUGCCCACCCCAGAGCUCAUCCAGGGCUACCUCAAGAAGCAGAUCCAGGAUGCUGCAGACCAGGGGGUCAUGUUUGUGGGCUUCAUCCAGGAGCCGUGUGGGGUACGAGGUACCCAGACCAGAGAACCAGAGACGCCCUCCCUCUCCCUCCACUCCAGCCCCAGCUCUGUGCUAGGCUCACUGAGCAGCCGAAGCCCCACUAGCCCCCGGAUCCAUGGAGAACCAGAAGCCCAGGAGCAGGCGAUGGACACUGGGGCCGAUGAGGACCAAGGCUCCUUAUGUAAGGGUGGGGAGAGGGAGGGCCAGACUGGGAACACUGGGGGGAGUGAGACUACUGUGGAGGAAAGCAACCAUGAUGGGAGGUCCUCUCUUCCCAUAACACCAUCCACAGAGAGCGAGCAAGAUCACGAUCAGGAUCUUAUAGUGGAAGAUACACUGACACACAACAAUAACAAGACGAACACCAUAGAACUGAAGGAGAAACCAAGCCGUCACACUCAGAGAGCCAAUGGGGUGGAUCUGCUAGCCCUGUUCAACCACCCAACUGACCGUGAGGGCCAACUGAAGUACUACACUGUGAAGGUACCGCUGAGGGUUCAACUCCGUGACGAGGGGGGCAAAGAGGUGGAGGCCAACUGGCUUGAUCACAUGACCCAGCACUUCAAUAACGGGGCCUCACUUGUUGAUGGAUACUUCCACCUGGGCAACGACAACGAUUUGCAGCCUAAGUCGGUGGAAAGCGUCUUCAUCUUCCAAGAGAGGGCGGAGGGCGGUGACCAGAGUGUGACCACCACGUACGACGCCAUCGUUGUGGAGCAGUGGACUGUCAUUGACGGCUUGCAGGUGAAGACAGACUAUGUUCCCUUGCUCCAGUCUCUUGCCAUGUAUGGUUGGAGACUAACAUGUGUGCUGCCUACACCCAUCAUCAAGACCAACAGUGAUGGAAGUUUGGCCACCAAGCAGGUCGUUUUUCUUCAGAGACCUGUCCUUUCCCGCAAGAGGAGGGAAUCCAAGAAACUGAUAUUCAAAAGCAAGAAGAAGAAGAAGAAAAACAAGCAAUCGGCAGCAGAGAAAGAUCUGGAAGAUUCCAAGAUUCUUGACGACGGGGAAAAGGUGGUCAAAGAGGAGAGCAGGAACGUGAAUGAAAACAAGGGGAACAAAGAGGAGAAAGUGAAAGAGACGGAGGUAGAGACUGUGUGUAAAGAGGGUGAGGCUCCCUGUGAGGUGGAGGAAGUGAAAGAGGUUGAAGUGGAAACUGAGGACAGGGUAGAAAGCGGGGUAGAAACUGGGGAGGAGAGAGAUGGAGCUGCAGGAACAGAUGACAAAAGUGACAAAGAGGGGAGAGUGGAGGAGGGAGAAGAGGUGGGGACAGAGACUGAGCAGGAAAGAGAAGGAGAGAGGGAGAUCGUGGAAGAGAGAGAAAAUGGGGUGGCAGUUGAAGAUGAGACCGAAACUACCAAGGGUUCAGAGGUGGAGGCGGAGACCAAAGAGCAAUCGCAGAAAGGGGGAGGUGCUGAAAUGGAAGUGAAGGAAAAUGGGGUUGAGACUGAGGAAGAGACAAAUGGAGGGGAAGAGAAUGGAGAAACUGAGAAUUUUGCCAUGCAACAAGACCCACCUGACCAGGAAGAACAUGUAGUGCAGGAGGAGGUGCAAAAGGCAGUAAAGGAUGAUGGACAGGUCAAAAUGACCAAUCAAUGCCCUGAAGAGAGUCAAGGGUCGGAUAUGUAAACAUCUUCCGACCACAGCAGACAUCACACCUAAGGGUUCUCCUACCCAUCAAUCAUGUACCUACCAAACAUCAUAACCUGAGAUAGGGGCUCCACAAAGUCACUAUUACCCCCUGGAACAGCCUUUCUUGCUGCAACAUCCUCCUACCAUGUAAUCACUCUAUCCUCUGCAGCAGACUUCUCCCCACAAUGGACACAUCUCUACCACAGAUGGACACACAACAGUCUCUCUCACAGCCUCAGACUGAUCCUAUACCUACACAUACUGAAUGUACAUAACUGAGAAUGAUGAGGAGGAUACUAAUGUACGAGAGUCACUGGAUAUAAUGGACAAGUUGAUGGGACCAAUGGGCCUUGGGUCUGAAGAAACAGACUUUAACCAGGCAAACUCGCUUGUCCUUAUUUGUACAGUACCAUAGUGGUACAGUUACUGUAUGUCACAUGGGUUUAGAUGAGGAGCACUGUGGGAAAUGUAGUAGCUAUUGUUGCGACAGGCAAUCCAAUGCAAGGUGAAUGGAACUUUGUUUACUUUUAGCCCUCCGUGUAAAGUAUUACAUAUGAUGCUGAUAAUCACUCUGAUUCUAAUAGUAGGUAUGAUACAUUCGCCUUGCAUUCCGAAUGUGUCAAUAUCCAAGCCAAGUAAAGUGUUUGAUAAUGGAGUAAAUCUCAUUUGAAUGUGUGUGGGUUGAGUGGAAGUGAAGUGUGAUGAGAACCAUACUUGGAAAUGUUGAGUCAACUUUGAGAGUUUACACAUGUUCGAUUUUAAUAGCUUUUCCAAUCAAUGGUCAUUAAAAACUACUUGGCAAGUAUAGAGACAAGGUUAUGGGCAGGGCCAUGACUGGAUGUUCACAGACCAAGAUAGAAGACCAAGAUAGAAACGGAGCACAGAGGAAGUAGAAAAAAAAAUAUUGAGCAAUUUGGAAUAGCCGUGUUUGAUUUGCCAUUUUCCAUUGACAUUGGCGUUAAUAUUUCACCUCAAGCUUUUAAAGCCCCUCUUGACUGCGUCAUUUCUGACAAUACCAAAAUCAUUAUGUCGUUUUUCAAGGUAUCAUGUUGCUUUCCAUAUUAAAGUGGUGCUGCAUCGAUGCUGUGUGGAGAAAUCAUUAACCGGCUAAUGGACUUUGUCAGUGGGGUGUCAGUCAAGUCAUACAUUUAUAUAAUGGGGGUCACUUAUGUGGCUAUUGACAGUGGAAAACCUCACCAUGAAAAAUAACAAAUAGCACUUCAUCUGGAUUGUGAUUUUCAUAGGGAUUGAUUUUUCUUGUGCUGCAGUUGCUAAGCAAAGUCUGUAGAAACCUGUAUGCUUACAGAUUAAUAUAGGCAUGUCGCCGUUUUGUAAAUGUGGUAUUUUUCUGAAUAACCGACUGUUCUGAAAUGUUCAUGUCAAUGGCAGAUGUAUUGUAUAGCAUAGAAUUCCAAACUGUGACCAGGAUAGCCUUAUUAUGAUACAGGGCCUAAAUCGUCAAGUACAAAUGUCAGACGUUUGACAGAAAUCAAGGUGGUUUCAGUGUUAUAGCCUGAGAGGGCUGUUACAAUCAGUGUUUGAAGGUAAUAUAAAGGUAUGUUCAGUGUUCUCUGUUUUAGAUUUAAAUGGGAGGUAAGGAAUUUGAUUUUACAAGGUUUUGUUGAUUUACAGGGGACAUUUCUGUUUUUGAUUUGAAGGUAGGCUCAGUGUAUUCUGUCGUGCUAACACUAGCUGAAGUGUGCUUUCUAACGCGCAUACUGUAGCUAGCUACCUCCUAAGGCAUAUUGGGGAUUUGUAGCUACGGGGUCGUCAUUGCCAACUUUUUCCACAACAUGGUCCAUGUCCCCCCGGCCCUCAUAUGAUGGAGCUUGAUGCUGUGGGCGUGAGGUCAUUACUAAGGGCCAAGUGGUCAGGGGUCAUGUUUGAACCAUGUUUGAUGGAUUUUCCACAGCUGCUACUUGUUCAAGUACAAAGGAGUUUUCCCACAUGUCAAAUAGCAGAUUUGCUAGAGAGAGAAUAGAAAUUAAUUGUCCGUUUUAAUAUUUGUGAGACUAGGACAAAUAUGAAUAAGAAAUGGCAAUCUAAAACACUCCUCUGUGAUAACUGAAGAGAUUACCUGGAAUAUGAGACACAUUUCCCCACCGGGUUCUUAUCAAGUCAUUUUUUUCUCUUUAGAUUUAAACAAAUCGCUUUCUGCCCGGAUAUAAGAUAAUGUAGGACUGUCACGUUUGCUUAUUUAUACAUUGUUUAUUAUGUGUUUAUCAGUUCUGUUGUUCAUACCAAUUUGAGUCUUUUUUUAUAUCUGUGAUCCUUGUUCCUUUGUAUAUUAUUUUACACUGAGACAAUACUGCCUGUUCAAGUACAAAGUACAUUAAGUAAUGGUAGGAAAGUGUGGAAAAAUACAGCCAGGAACAAUCAGGAGAUCUCAUUCUUUACAUCAUUGUAUUUUAACACCUACAGCAUUCCGGUAGGACAUCCAUUAACAUGGACAACCGUAACCUUGGGUCAAAUGGGUCAAAUGACACCAGGUCCUGUAUCCGUUUGUAUUACCUGGGGGUCGUGAACUCCACUCCCUCGUCUCUCGUGAUAAGAGAUGAUUAGUGAUUGUACAUUUGCUCAGCUUUGACAUGAGUAAAUUCUGGGGAGAGUGGGUAGACUAUAUUUUUCCUGAUACUGAAAAACAAGGAUAUGGAGAGAAAAGUGAAGCAGGAUCUGGCACUUCAUCAGUUAAAUGAUGCUGAACGUUGUUUACUUACCCUUCCGUGAUGAGGGAGACCUGUGACUAACGUAGACCAACCUCAGCCUUGUCUAGAACAAGAGCCUCUAACCCACUCAUGAAAAAAAGGUAAUCGACUAUUUCCUGUCUUUAUGUAACCAUAAUUGUCUGAAGCUCAGCAGUCAGUGGCAGUGCAAUUGUUCUUGAUAAUGCUGUACAAAAUGUGUGUUCCAGGGUUAAUUUCCUGUGUGUUAUGAUGUGAAAUGGACAGAUUAGAAAUGACAGAAACAUGAUACAGUAGGAUGGCAACCUCUUUAUGUUGUCAUUUUAGCUUGCUCGUGGCCUCUGGAAUUGUGUUGUUAGGUUUCAUCUCCGAUGUUACUGUUUUCAUCACCUGCUCUGCCAUUUUGAAUGUUGAGUGUCUUUGAUCAUUGGCUACCGUCACGCACUGCAGUCUUUGUAAAAACUAAGGUAUUCUUUGUAUUCGCUUUCAUGGAAAUGUCCACAUCCCUACUGUUCAUGACAUCUGUACAAUUUGUAUAUUAUAAAAUGAUUUAUAUUUAA